UCCUUUCCACCCAGGCCGGCCGGCCUCGGAAGGGGUUCGCGCCAUGGACGGGCUCCGGGCCAGCACCGGGCUGCUGAGGCGCGGGAGGUUGAGACGCCGGCGCCAGUCGCAGCCACACAGCGGGUCGGUGCUGGCCCUGCCCCUAAGGCCCAGGAAGAUCCGAAGGCAGCUAAGGAGAAGCGUGGCAUCCCGCAUGGCCGCACUGAGGGCCCAGACGCUGCCCAGCGAGGACUCGGAGGACUCGAGGGUGGAGUCGGCGGUAGACGAUCAGGGGGACCCGCUGCCUGGUGGGGCGGCGGCCAUCCCCGAUGCGGCCCGGCGAGAGCCGUAUGGCCACCUGGGGCCUGCAGAGCUGCUGGAGGCCUCGCCCGCGGCUCGCUCCCUCCAAACCCCUCGCUCCCUGGCGGAGGGGCAAACCCCGCCCGCCCGCCUGGUGGAGGCGCAAACCCCGCCGGCCCGCCUGGUGGAGGCGCCCGCCCUGCCCGCGCGCCUGGUGCCGGCUUCCGCGCCGCCCGCGCGCCUGGUGGACGUGCCCGCCGCGCCCGCCCGCGUGGUGGAAACCUCGGCCCUGCUGUGCAAUGCCCAGCACUUGGCGGCCGCCCCGCCGUCCGCAGCCCCCGCCACGCUGUCCGGGCCACAGGUGGACAGCACGGGCGGGGAGCUGGCCUGGGACUCCCCGCUGCAGCGCGUCCUGGCCGAGCUGAACCGCAUCCCCAGCAGCCGGCGGCGGGCGGCGCGCCUCUUCGAGUGGCUCAUCUCGCCCAUGCCGCCGGACCACUUCUACCGGCGCCUGUGGGAGCGGGAGGCGGUGCUGGUGCGGCGGCAGGACCCCGCCUACUACCAGGGGCUUUUCUCCACCGCAGACCUGGACUCCAUGCUGCGCCACGAGGACGUGCAGUUCGGGCAGCACCUGGACGCUGCUCGCUACGUCAACGGGCGGCGCGAGACCCUGAACCCGCCCGGCCGCGCGCUGCCCGCCGCCGCCUGGUCCCUGUACCAGGCCGGCUGCUCCCUGCGCCUCCUCUGCCCGCAGGCCUUCUCGACCACCGUGUGGCAGUUCUUGGCUGUGCUCCAGGAGCAGUUUGGCAGCAUGGCAGGCUCCAACAUUUACCUCACGCCCCCCAACUCGCAGGGCUUUGCCCCCCACUACGACGACAUCGAGGCUUUUGUGCUGCAGCUGGAAGGUAGGAAGCUCUGGCGCGUCUACCGCCCCCGGGUCCCGACGGAGGAGCUGGCGCUGACCUCCAGCCCCAACUUCAGCCAGGACGACCUCGGGGAGCCGGUGCUGCAGACCGUGCUGGAACCUGGAGAUUUGCUCUAUUUUCCUCGGGGCUUCAUCCACCAAGCCGAAUGCCAGGAUGGAGUGCACUCCCUGCACCUCACCUUGUCCACGUACCAGCGCAAUACCUGGGGCGACUUCCUGGAGGCCGUACUGCCUCUGGCAGUGCAAGCUGCCAUGGAAGAAAAUGUAGAGUUUCGAAGGGGUCUCCCGCGAGACUUCAUGGAUUACAUGGGGGCCCAGCACUCGGAUUCUAAGGAUCCACGAAGAACGGCUUUCAUGGAGAAGGUUCGAGUCCUGGUUGCCCGCUUGGGACACUUUGCCCCUGUCGAUGCUGUGGCUGACCAGCGAGCCAAAGACUUCAUCCACGACUCUCUGCCCCCUGUACUGACUGAUAGGGAGAGGGCGCUCAGUGUUUACGGGCUCCCAAUUCGCUGGGAGGCUGGCGAACCUGUGAACGUGGGGGCCCAGUUGACAACAGAAACGGAGGUGCACAUGCUUCAGGAUGGGAUAGCCCGGCUGGUGGGGGAGGGAGGCCAUUUGUUUCUCUAUUACACAGUGGAGAACUCCCGUGUUUAUCAUCUGGAGGAGCCCAAGUGCUUGGAGAUAUACCCUCAGCAAGCUGAUGCCAUGGAACUCUUGCUCCGCUCCUACCCAGAGUUUGUGAGAGUAGGGGACCUGCCCUGUGACACUGUGGAGGACCAGCUUUCCUUGGCAACCAUGUUAUAUGACAAGGGGCUGCUGCUCACCAAGAUGCCUCUGACCUGAACUAGUUCCUGGUUGAUUGCUGGAAGCAAGACAGUGGUGAUUCUUAACCACCAUUACCACCUUUUUUGCGGGAGCUGGGAGAGGGGUGGGGGGGACUCAGGUACUUUGAGAACCUUUUACCUUUAGGACUGCUUACAUUUACCUUUAAGACUGCUUUAAUGUCACAAAUUUCAGACGGUUUUCUAGGAAUCAACACUUCACCUAGGCACAAAAGUAAAAGCAGACGUUGGAGGUGGCAAAAAGGAGCUCUUGCUGCAGAAGUAACUUUGAUCCUGAUCAUUUCAGAACACCAGCCUCAUCGUCACCCCCAGGCCUCAGUGUGCUGUGUAGCACCUGCUGUGUCAUUCUUCUUGAGACAUUAGAUAUUUUUAUUUGGAAUUUGCAUCCUUCAUUUGAGUUCUCUUUCCUCAGUUUGCGGGGAGGGUUGGGGCUAGUAUCCUGUUUGUGACCGUGAGUUUGUGUGAAUGCUAGAAAAGUUAUUAAAGUGCCAAAGACUGUUUCUAGAUUAUUUUUUUAAAGACUAGAUUAUUAUGUGACGUGGUUUGAAGGAAUUGGGUUGGGGGAGAUAGGGAAAAUCUAUAAUGGCUGAGAUGAAAGGUAACUUGGGAUGGUUGUAGGAUUGGGGCCAAUUCUGUAACUUGAGGGGUAAUCAUUUUAAUCAUGCUACUUGAACCCCAAACAGCACAAUCCUACUGGAAAAAUUAAGAGUGAACUGUGUUUUUGCUCAGUGCUUGCUAGCAUCAGUAGCUGGCAUUGCUCCCAAAGGGGCAGCAUGUCACCUACUUGUGCCUCAGUCAAUCAUCUGGUAGCAAGCUGGCCAGGAAGGAAGGCUGGUGUUCAAGUUACUUUCCACUCUCAUUUUUUUCCUGGCAGUUGGAAGAAUCUUCCCCAAACCUGGCAAGUGAAUAUUCUCAUGGUUGGUGGAAGAGAGCCUGGUGUACCAGAGCGAGUCCUGGACUUGGAACCAGAAGACCUGGGUUUGGGGUGGUGGCUGGUAGGCAACCGACUGAAUGAUCUGAGGCUGCUGCUACGCCUGGGCACAGAUUUUGUUAAGUACAUUUUGGUACAGCUUGGUAUCCGCACUUCAUUUAGGUUGUGUCUGGAACUUUAAGAUCCUAUCACCGUAACUGACAGGUGCAGUUACAUAAGGUUGAGAACUUUAUGAAGUUUUUUGUUGUUUUUUUUUUAAUGGAUGUACAUAAAGUGAUUGCUCUCUCCAGCCCCACUUUCGUAACUGCUAUUAAAAGUUAAACUUACAA